AUGGUGUUAAUUCAGCCCAUUAAAUCUACCAAUCAGCUUAAACUCGAAGCAGCGGACACUAAGAAGCCCACCCUUCUUAGCAUAGCAAUGCGAAGACAUGAAACAGCCACAAGCGACACGGAACCAUCUCCUUUGGAGGCAAUAAAAACAAGAAUCAUGGAGCAGAGGAAACAGUCUUCAGAACCUGCUGAGUGCACGUCUCCGCCUGCAUCCAAACCAAUGCCCCAUGCAGAGGACGAGCAGAAACCCCAGGAGGAUGUUUUCGAGCACGACGGAAAUUCACCGACUCACCACCCGGACGAUGAAGUGGAUGGGGAAAUGAAUGAUAAGGAGGAAAAAGAUUUAAUUGAAAUGUAA